AUGGACUCGCCUCGAGAGCCGCGAUUUACCAUCAUGGAAGGCGCCGGAUUCACAUGGGUGCUGGAGCACCUACUCGCCUACCCGGGUACCUACGAGAUUCCUCUACGCACUAUGUACACUCUCAACUGCAGUACCCAGAAACCUCCUCAGAAGCAGCCUUCCUCUGCCAGUCUACCAGGCAAUGCUUUCCCUCGCCAGCCCAGCUCACAAGAAGACAUGAGGAUGACCACCCAGACUGCCGCUGCGCAGCUCAAGACCAACCUCAUACACCACAUCACACAACUUCCUUCGCAGCCCGCCUCGCUCCCUCCGAGUUUCAUCACCAGCUUUGUCCGCCGUUGCUUCCCUGCUGAGCUCGAUCAGGUUGACUUUCCACAAGCAUUGACUGCCCUCGACUACCUCAAGGACCUCGAAGUCCGCCGAAGAAGAGAAGUGGUUUCUGCACUCAACAAACUUGGCAUUGCACGAGAAGACCUCGGCGAACGGGAGCGUCUGGCAAAGAAAUAUCCUGGUGUGAUCAGAUGGAUCGAAGAUAUCGAAAUCAAGGAGCGCAAGGUCGAGGCUUUGUACACCCAGAUCUACAUCGGCAUCCGCCGUUGGACCAUCAUCAACGAACUCUCACUUGAACCUUUCAACAAACCCAAUUGUAUCGCUAUGCUGAACACUCUCUAUCCUCCCACCCUACAAUCACAAGGAUUUGUCCAGCCUACCGUUCAGCUGACGGCCGCCGUAUUGUCCACGCAGCGACAAGGAUUCUUCCGAUACAUCUCGGCCGUCGAGCGUAACGGACCCGGCGUCCUAGGACGCUUGAUGGAGGAGCAUAGGCGCGAGGGUGAGAUGACUGGCUGGCCAUCGCUGCGUGAGACUCUCGACAGCUAUCUGCGUAUGGCCAACAGUAUCAUCGACGAGAGCUACGAGGUCACUGGCAGCAGCUUCUCACCGACUUCUGCAGAGUUCAGCUUCGAGUGUGAUGAAGAUGGCCGCCGGAAGGUCGACUCUGGUAUCUCGUUUGGCUCCAACAGCUCAUCCAAUCGCAACUCGGGCCAAUCUGACAAGAGUCACGCUACUCGGCCGAGCACCAGCAGCAGUGUUAGUGCUCACAGCCGCAAGACCAGUCGAGACAAGCAGAAUCUGAUGGCUGAUGAUGACACCAUCACAUCCAAAACCGCUGGCUCCACCCUUGAGCGAAUUGCGCGUGAGCUGAAGCGAAUGAAGUCUCGCAGCAGCGUUCGUGAUCAAAGCUCACGAAAGGGAUCGCUGGCUGAAGAGAGCAACGACACCUUUAUGCUAGAUGCUGGUGAGCAGAUUCACCCUCCUGCCUCUGCUGGGAGACAACGUACGCUUAGCAUCAAGCGAAGCCUACGCAACAUGCGUUCUAGGGGCAACAUGCGCGACGAUGGCAGCAGACCUUCAAGUCGAGCAGACGAGCACUCGCAGGGCAACGUUCCCGCGUUUGAUGCUGAGGAGAUGAGGAGACGACGCAUGAUCUGGGAAGCCCAGCAGGGCAAGGUCACAGCAGAGAAUUGA